GUGCUACUUGGCUGCCGAAUUACAUUGCAUGGCCAGUCGCUUCUUUAAAAUCCUUCCCAUCCUGGGCAAAGAUCCAAGGGGAAUCUGUCUCAUCUGCUGACUAUAUUAGAGAGAGAGGGAAGCAAAGACAAAUUCUGGAAGAUAGUGCUGCAAGCUUCCAGCCCGAGGUUGACUGAAAGGCCUGCUUCUGCUUUCUGAGAGGCCAUGGCAGCCGAGCAGAGGGCCAGAACAGCCGGCGGCUUCCCCAGGCACAUGGGGGUCAAAGUGGAAGCCUGUGAGACCACCGGCCCCAGAGGGGCGGAGGGAGGGGACAGAGCAGGGAAACUGCCUCGCGUCCUCCAAGUGGGGACCAUCCGAGAGUUUCUGAACUGGGCUGCCCCACGGCAAGUGAAGCAGGAGCCCGAGGAGGACUUGCCCGAACUCUGGGAAGCCCAAUGGCAGGAGUUCCUCACUGCCCUCAGGUCCUCUCCUCUGGACAGGGGACACCAGCUGCUGGCCGAGGAACCCGCCCCUUGGGGGGACAACAAGGCCUUCUUCGCCUCCUUUGAACGUCUGGCCGGAACCUGCCAGUUGCCCCGCCGUGAGUGGCUGGCCCGCCUCUUGCCCGUCCUGGGUGGGGAAGCCAAGGAGGCCUACUGCAACCUCAGCCUCCAAGACCGAGGUGAAUACGCCAAAGUCAAGGCGGCCAUCUUGAAAGUGGACGCCCUCCGGAUGGAGGCCCAGCGCCAGCGCUUCCGGCAGUUCCGCUACCACGAGGCCCGGGGCCCCCGGGAGGUGUGCAGCCAGCUUCGGGAGCUGUGCCGGGGGUGGCUGAAGCCGGAGAAGCACACCAAGGAGCAGAUCUUAGACCUCCUGGUCCUGGAGCAGUUCCUCACACUCCUGCCCCAGGAGAUCCAGAGCUGGGUCAGAGAACGUGGCCCCGAGUCGUGUGCCCAAGCUGUGCCCCUGGCAGAGGCCUUCCUGCUGAGGCAGCAAGAGGCUGAAAGAAAGGGAAGACAGACUCGGGGAACUCAAUUGAGGAACUGGGCUGAGAUGAAGCCGCCUCCUGGGGGUGUUGGGCUGAAACGGAUCCACAGAGAGAUGAAGCAACACGCCAGAGUCCUGGACUUGGGGAGCCCCAACGGGGAGCGUGCUGAGAAGGCGGCGGACCGAAGUACCAAAAACGGAUCGAAGAGUCCCGGCAGAGCCCAGAUGGGCCAGAGGAACUUCCCGGGCCCCGACAGCCGCACCGCCUUCUGCCCCAGCCCGGCCUUCUUCAAGCACCCGCGGGUCCAUGCAGCGGAGAGCCCGCACCAGUGCCCCGAUUGUGGGAAGCACUUCACGCAGCGCUCAAGCCUUACGAUCCACCGGCGGAUCCACACGGGGGAGAAGCCGUACCCCUGCCCCGAGUGCGGGAAGUGCUUCCGGCAGAGCUCCAACCUCUUGAAACACCAGCGGAUCCACUCGGGCGAGAAGCCCCACCAGUGCCCAGAGUGCAGCAAAUGCUUUGCCCAGCGCUCGAACCUCCUGAUCCACCAGCGGACCCACACGGGGGAGAUGCCCUACGUGUGUCCCGAGUGCGGGGCCUGCUUCAGCCAGCACCGGGGCCUCGUCACGCACCAGAGGAUCCACAUGGAAGAGAUGCCCUACGGCUACGGCUGCCCGGACUGUGGGAAGUGCUUCCAGCAGAAUUCAGACCUCACGAAGCACCUGCGGGUCCACACGGGCGAGAAGCCGUACAGCUGCCCCGAGUGCGGGAAGAGCUUCAGCUACAGUUCCAACCUCAGCAAGCACCAGCGGAUCCACACGGGCGAGAAGCCGUACCGCUGCAACGUGUGCGGGAAGAGCUUCAGCCAUCUGUCGACCCGGAACACGCACCAGCGGGUCCACACGGGGGAGAGGCCCUACGGCUGUGCCGAGUGCGGGAAGCGGUUCAUUUCGAGUUCCAAACUCACCCGGCACAUGAGGACACAUUCCAUAUACACGCCUUACAUCUGCAACGAGUGCGGGAGGAGUUUCAGUUCCCACUCGGCCCUGACCACCCAUCAGAAGAACCACUCUACCAAGAGUUACGGCGUGGGCGGCUUGUGGGAGGGGGCUGAGCAGGGUCCGAGCGACUUUGUGGGCAGAAUGUCCCCUCUGUGACCGUCGCUGAGUCUCUUCCUUACGAUUUAGCCUGUCCUCGUGAUCCUGCUAGCAAGGGUGCUCGUCCCUAGGGUAUUGGAAUUUGGCAGCCUGCGUCGUGCAGGCAGGAUGUGAGAAUCGAGAAUGCCAGGCUAUAGAAUUAGUGUGGUGGUUUUGGAAGGUAGAGGUAGGCUGAAAAAAAAAUAGGGUAGUGCAAAGGAGGAAAGCUUAGAUGGUCAGUUAGUCUUAGGAAGAGAGCAGGGCCUGGUGCAGAAGAGAGAGCUGCGAAGCUGGCUGCUCACGAGACCCCAAGCCAGCCAAUUUUGAGCCUUCCCUUAUUAGUGCACCCCCCUGCUGUAAUUUAGCUAUCUGAUAACUCUGUAGAUCUCCCCCAGUUCAGAAGCAGGACAUCUGUGAGUGUUGGGCACUUGUAAGUAAUCGGUGAAAAAGCGUCUCUGUGCUCUGUGAAAGAGGAAGGCUGAGUUAUUGGUGGCUCUGAUUUAGCAGCUGAGAAGCAAAGGGACCCUUCUUAGUCUGUGAAAACCAACCCCCCCAAAUGCAGAAUUGGGCAAAAUCUAUUUUGUAGGCUUUAAUUCCCCUCCUCCCCUCCAUUCUCAGCAUUGCUAAAAUCCAACUUGAAGACAGUGUCAAAAACUUGCCUGUUGUUUUGUGACGUUUGGAGUGACACCCUAAAGUAGCUCUCCAUUUUGGUGGGGCACCGUGCCUGGUGCCCGCCCGGUCAGCAGCCAUGUGCCACUUAGUGGUCACUGCAGGUUAUGCACUGUGUCCAGUAAUCCCCGGUUUAGAAUGCUGGUGCACCUGGUUCAGGCGACCGGAAUGUGUUCUGGAUGGGAUGCCUGUUGCCUGCCUCUUCUAGAGUUUUGAGAACGUAGAAGCACCGUAUAGACUUGUGUGUAAGCCCAUCCGACCCUCAAUUUUUUUUCCAAAAUACUGUGAAAAAUGCGCCACUUGCAGGUAAGCUGACCCACAUUUUUCAUGGCAUUUGGGUUAAAAAUUCAAGGGUCUGCUUGGCCGCAGAUGGGCUUAUACGGGAUAUAUGGGCACUUUAAAAAAUAUUACUGUAUAUACUCACUGAGAAGCCAAAUUUGAUUUGAGGGGCAUGUUUUCGAGCCUAAAAUUCUCAGCUUAUUUGCAAGUAUAUAUGGUAGAUUACAAAAGAGAGAAGGGUCUGGAACAGAAUAUCGCAAGUUAUUCCAGCCAGCCUUGCCCUCUUCCAGCAUACUCCAUUCUGUUUCUUCUAGCUUCAUGCCCUUCAUUUUUCCAAAGACAUUUGCAUCCAACAGGCAUACCUGAAUAACUGGCUCAGUUAUGAGCUGUUUUAGGCCUCCCCCUUCCAUUUAGGGGUCUUUUUUGUGAGAGCACGUUUUACUGUUCUCUAAAGCUUUGGGCGUCCCAAGCACGUUGCUACCUCCCUUUUAGGUGGAUGCCGUUUUGACUGACCCAAAGGUGUCCCCGCGGAGAAUGGGUUUAAUCGACCUUUAACAACCUGCCCUUGCAAGCAUGCACAUUCACAUGACGCAGAACUUCACAAGAUUGCUGGCAAGAAGGUGGUGUUCUUAUGAAGCGGUAGCAAAAAAUCAGAAGGAAUCUGGUAGCGCCUUUUCCAACUGGCACAUUUUAUAAAAGCGUACGCUUUUGUAAGCUGCGGCUGGCUUCAUCUGAUGCACAGGGUGAUUCACAAAAGCUCACGCUGAUUGCAAGUUUGCCCAAAGUUAGCCAAUUCUGCCAUUGUUUGGUGGGAAGCCGCGUGAAUGAGCCACAUUUUGCUAAACCAUGGUUUGCCUAGCAACAGUUAAGUGGCAGGAUUUGCAAAAGUGUGCUAAGGCAUAAAGCAUGGUUUGCGAACCAUGGCAUACUGAUUCACACAGUCUGAGAAGGUAAAUCUGAAGGUAAAUCAUUAUGGCAGGGCCUGCGUGUCCCCACUGUGCUAAGAGAAGGAAGGGGUGGCAAAGGAGGAGGAGGGGGAGAUCUGCUCUCUUCCCAUUCUAAUAGGUCUAGUCCCUGUUAGCAGGUGCCCCUGACAAAUUAUUUUCAAAGGAGUGUGAUUUUUGACAGAAAACUGUAUCAUUUAGUCAAUUAAUUAAUAGUAAUAAUAAAGAGUAGAACCAGUUUGGUGUCGUGGUUAAGGCAUCAGGCUAGAAACCAGGAGACGGUGAGUUCUAGUCCCGCCUUGGGCACAAAGCCAGCUGGGUGACCUUGGGCCAGUCCCUCCCUCUCAGCCCCAGGAAGAAGGCAAGGGCAAAUCACUUUUGAAAUCUUGCCAAGAAAACUUCAGGGACUUGUUCAGGCAGUCUCUGAGAAUCGGACACGAUUGAACGGAUUAAAAAAAUAAAGGAGAAAAUUGGUUUGGAUUACAGGCUUCCUGGUUGCUAGGCAUCUAGUGGUUAAGAUGCAUGUGUGUUUAAGAAAACACACAAGGGGAAAAGAGACUUGAUAGGUUUGUAUAAAAUGUAUGCAUAGAGUAGAGAAAAUGAUGAAGGGGGCAGGUUUGCCCCCUGCCCUAAGUGGAAUAAGCUGGGCUCCUCUGGAGGAGUUGAAGGAGGAGAGCUUCAAAGCAGACAAAAAAAGCGCUGGUUGGUAUCGUGUACAGCUAACUGGAGGUUUUGGAGCUCAGUGAUAGAGCCACGGCCACCACCUUAGAGGGAUUUUAAAUUCAUGGAGCUGAGCUAUUGAUCGUGGUCAGCUGUCAUGGCUCUGUUUUGUCGCAAAGAUAGGGAACGGAAGCUUCUGGCUUCCAGAUGGUGCAGAAUAGGGUGAGUGUGCUCCUGCUUUCAGCUGCUGCUGGUGGACUUUUUCCAAGGGGAUCCAGUUGGCCACAUCUGGAUGCAUGAUCGUGGACUAGGUGAGCCUGUGGCCUGAUCCAGCAGGCGCGCUCAUGUUCUUACGAAAUGCUGUAGAAAGAAAUGAGCAGGCAGAAAAUUAGGAUAGGGAACUUGGCAGCAGACAGGGUUAGAAGCAGCAACUGUAGAGUGUUGUUCUCACCAGGCAGAGGGAUGGGUUUCUGACUAAGGUAAAAGAGCACCAUCCUAGAGGAAGGACCCAGGAGUCCAAGAAUUCUCAUUAUGCACAGCUCUACAAGCAAAAGUUUCAGGGUGUUUACAGGUAGUCCUUACGACCACAAUUGGGACUGGAAUUUCCAUCGCUAAGUGAGGUCAUUGUUAAGCGAGUCGCUACAUUUUUUGCUAUGGUCAUUAAGUGAAUCACUGCAGUCACUAAGUGAAUCAUGUGGUCAUUAAGUGAAUCCAGCAUCCCCCAAUGACUUUGCUUGUUGGAAGCCAGCUGGGAAGGUCGCAAAUGGCGAUCAUGUAACCCUGGGAUGCUGCAGCUGUUGUAAAUACACAUUGGUUGCCAAACCCCUGAAUUUUGAUCACACGACCGCAGGGAUGCUAUGAGGGUCAUAAAUGCGAGGACCGGUUGCAGGUAACUUUUUUCAGUGCUGCUGUAACUUUGAACAGUUGCUAAAUGAAUGGUUGUAAGGUGAGGACUACCUGUACUAUGAUUCUGCUGUAAUGGAGAAGAUCUUAGGUUGGAAGAUUUUCCACUGACUUCUUCUACAGCAGUGGAUAAUCUUGGUGGCCAGGCCUGUGCUUAGAAGUUGGGGAGGGGGGCAAAAUGAGGGCCACUGUAAGCAGGGUAAGCGUUCAAAAUAAGGCAAGGCUUAUUUUAAAACAACCCCCCUCCCCACAGUGUUAAGGGAAAUGUUGAGGACUUUGUCUUAUCAGUUAUACCGUUUUACAGAUUUUUUUUUCCUGUGCUUUCUACUUCGAAAUGGAGAGGGUAUGAAAUGCCCUCUCAGUUCAGUGCAGUAAAUUCAAAAGUAGUCCAGAAAAGAAACCAAUGAGUUUGGUUAGUUAUGAGUACUAACACUACCUUUUCUGUAAGGUUACACUAACAGCAUCUUGCAAGUCUGAAGCACGUCUCUCCCCCUUGCCUUUACUUUCCAGGGAACUAGGCAGGGUCCCUUCUGAGACGCUUCCCACACCCCAUUCCUUCUGUGGGCUGAGGUCUCUCUUACCCGACUGUUGCCCUGGCUGG